UACGUAAUUAAUAUUCAUGAGGUAAACCGGCUGAUAGUGUUGGCAGAUUCGCUUACUGGAGACCGCGGAAAACAACGAAGACUAGAGAUGUGAAAAACAUUUGCCUAUUUACUUCUCCGGGGUUUUUUUUUUUAAAAUGGAGACGUUAUCUAAAGAAGAAUACAAGAUCCAGUCCUUUGAUUUGGAGACACAGAAUCUCCUCAAAACUGCCUUAAAAGACCCAGGCUCAGUUGACCUGGAGAAAGUGUCCAAUGUAAUAGUGGACCAGUCUCUGAAGGACCAGAUCUUCAGCAGGGAGGCCGGGCGCAUCUGUUACACGAUUGUCCAGGCCGAGGCUAAUCAGACUAACGGGAACGUGUUUCGGCGUAACCUCCUGAACCGACUUCAGCAGGAAUUCAAAGCCAGAGAGGAGACGCGGCAGAGAUCCACUCAGGAGUGGGUUUGCCUUGUGUCCUUCAUCUGCAACAUCUUUGACUACCUCAAGGUGAACAACAUGCCCAUGAUGGCCCUGGUGCACCCCGUCUAUGACUGUUUGUUCAGACUGGCCCAAUCUGAUGCCCUGAAGAACGAGGAGGAGGUGGACUGUCUGGUGUUACAGUUGCAUCGAAUCGGAGAUCAGCUGGAGAAGAUGAACCUGCAGCUCAUGGAUGAGCUGUUCAAUCUGCUGAGGGAUGGAUUUCUCCUGCAGGAGGACCUGAGCUCCAUGGGCCGCCUGCUCCUGCUCGAGAUACUUGAGUUUCGCGCAGGAGGCUGGAUUCUCUGCGAAACGGCUCAGAAAUACUACUACAGCGAAGUCACGGACUGAGGCCUCCACCAAUCAGGAGCGAGAAACAAGGCGGCGGGAUGAAAUUGCAAUCUGUAGGAACCAAGUGUGGAAGCUUUAUUUUUAUAUUUACCUUUGAAGGCUCGGAUCUUUAGUUAUCACAGAUCUUUAGACAUUUUAGUUACUGAGUUUAAAAUUGAAUGUAGUUCAGCAGUAGCAGCAUUACAAUCAUGAUUCAUUUGAUUUAGUUUUUAUAUCUGUCAAAGAUUAACACAAAGGGCUGUAAUCAUAACACUAGAGGUGGCUAGAUGAUUUUAAUAUCAAUAUAUUUUUGUUGUCAGAUUUUUAUUAAGUUGACUAACAAUUUGCCUCGAUAGGAGGAACAGCUAUUUUUAUUGAAUAGAGAGGAGGAUUACUUUAAUAUAUAUUUAUGUUCUACAAUGAAAUCUGUGUUUACUUUUGGAGCAAAAGCAGUUUACAAGAGUAACAGAUAAAUACAAUGUUUCCUUAAGGAUAAUAUUUUUAUACUAUGAAAAGAGUGCAUAUCCAACAAUACUUCUACAGGUUCUGGAUGAAGACAUUAAGUGUCAUAAGUUUGCAUAAAUUUAGAUUUAUAUAUAUUAAUUUGUAUAUGUGCUGGCAAGCGAUUAAUCGCAUCCAAAAUAAGUUUUUGUUUACAUAAUGUGUGUGUACUGUGUAUAUUUAUUAUGUAUAUAUAAAUAC